UUAUAAUCAGUUUCGAUUUUUCUUAUCGAUUUCAUGCACUUGCGGCAAAGUCAACCAACUACGAUCUCUAUCUUAGAAUAUUCACUUUUCUUUAUCAUUUUCGUUCUUUCUGUUUGUAGAUUUUUCACUUUUAUGGCAAAUAAGUAGCAUUUAAAUCAUUAAAAUGUGCAUAGACGUUUAGAAAAUACCAGGUGGUAUAAAAAAUACAAAAACACAAACAGUAAAAGUCGUGAAUUAAAAUAUUGUAAAAACAAAAGUAAGCAGUUGCGAAGAAGUUGAUUUUUUACCCCCCUGCCCGGUGUACGAAUUACAAGGAAAUGUCUUCCGAGUUGAAAAAACUUUCAGAGGAAUCCCUUUUACAGCCUCCAGAAAAGGUCUUUGACAUUAUGUGCAAACUUGGCGAAGGUAGCUAUGGCUCCGUUUAUAAAGCAUUGCAUAAAGAGAGUAGCUCUAUAGUAGCCAUCAAAUUGGUGCCUGUAGCGUCCGAUCUGCAUGAAAUUAUUAAGGAGAUCUCAAUAAUGCAGCAAUGCGAUUCGCCGUAUGUGGUGCGCUACUAUGGUUCCUAUUUUAAGCAAUAUGAUCUGUGGAUAUGCAUGGAGUAUUGUGGUGCUGGUAGUGUGUCGGACAUAAUGCGUCUACGUAAGAAAACGCUAACCGAAGACGAAAUAGCAACGAUACUCUCCGAUACAUUACAGGGUUUAGUGUAUUUGCAUCUGCGUCGUAAAAUACAUCGUGAUAUAAAGGCUGGCAAUAUAUUGCUGAACACAGAGGGCUAUGCCAAAUUGGCAGAUUUCGGAGUAGCAGGUCAACUUACAGAUACGAUGGCGAAGCGUAACACUGUUAUUGGCACACCAUUUUGGAUGGCACCGGAAGUAAUAGAAGAAAUCGGUUACGAUUGUGUGGCAGAUAUUUGGUCGUUAGGAAUAACAGCAUUAGAAAUGGCCGAAGGUAAACCACCAUAUGGUGACAUACAUCCCAUGCGUGCCAUUUUCAUGAUCCCACAAAAACCACCACCAUCUUUUCGUGAACCCGAUCGCUGGAGUGCUGAAUUUAUUGAUUUUGUUAGCUUGUGCCUGGUAAAAAAUCCCGAUGAGCGUGCGACCGCUUCCGAUCUGCUCAAUCAUGAAUUUAUACGCAACGCAAAACCGCGCAGUAUACUCAAACAAAUGAUCGAAGAAACUUGUGCAAUACGUGAGCAACAGCGCGCAAAUAGAACCGGCGGUAUGAGUCAAGCCAAAAAUUUGCCCACACAGCAAGAGGAGUUGCUGCACGAAGAUGAACAUGAAUUUCAAGCGGAGACUGUCAAAACAUUUAUUGAUGAUCCGGGCACUUUAGUGCCGGAAAAAUUUGGCGAAUAUCAACAGGCAACGGACAGUGAUGCCACAAUGAUAGCACAUACUGAAGAUAGUGGCACGCUGGGACCUAAUAACCGAGCAAUGGGCGUCACAACCGGCGCAGACAAUGCAGGCGGCAGAGCCGGGGAUGUUAGUGCUGCAGCAGACUCGGGCACGCUCAUAGAACUGGAAUCGAAUUUAGGCACAAUGGUCAUCAAAACAGAUUCGGAUGACUCCACCACGACUAAACGCAACGAAUUUAAUAAGCCACGCUACCGCCCCAAAUUUCUCGAUCACUUCGAGCGCAAAAAUCCCGGUGAUGCCGCGGUACCGACACGCAUUGGUGAGGAUUUGGAAAAAUCAACAGCUUUUGGUGGUAAUACCGAGCAGUAUCAAGCAAAUACACCACAACAACAACAACAGCAGCAGCAACAACAGCAACAUUUAAUGCAGUCACAACAAAAUCACAACAAUUCGAAUGACACAAACUGGGAGAACAAUAUGGAAAUGCAAUUUCAACAGAUCUCCGCUAUCAACCAGUAUGGCCUUCAACAGCAUCAGCACCAUUUGCAACAGCAGCAACAGCAACAACAACAGCAACAAGCUGCGGCUGCAGCAGCAGCUGCAUAUUACGGUCAUCCGCUGGUGAGUGAUCAUCACUUGUUGGCCAUAAAUAAUCAGCAAAAUCUAUUGCGUAAUCAACAACAACAACCACAACCACCUGCCUACCAGCAACAUCAUCUGCACACACAUUCGCACGGCUAUGUAGACGGUGAAUUUGAAUUCUUGAAAUUCCUCACAUUCGACGAUCUAAACCAGCGUUUGAAUAACAUUGACUCCGAAAUGGAGAAGGAAAUCGAGGAGUUGAACAAAAAAUACAAUGCCAAACGUCAGCCAAUUGUCGACGCUAUGAAUGCAAAACGAAAGCGUCAACAAAAUAUUAAUAAUAAUCUUAUUAAAAUUUAAAUACACGCAAGUUCUUACAGAGGGAGCGAGAACGAGAGAGAGAGAGAGAGAGAGAGAUAACGAACAAAUUGUUACUCAAAUAAGUUAUAAAAAAAAGCAACUGCACUUGCGAUCAUGCAAAACAAACAAUAUCAAAUUAGAUUAUCUUCUGUUUGUGUUUAGGGUGCAACAAAUUGACAAUUUCUUUAACGAAAUGAUUUCUGAAUGAUUAUUUGUAAUUUAGUUAUUAGCAAUAGAUACAAUUUUCACAUUAUAAAUUGUAAUAAAACUCGAAUUGCUAUUAGUAAUAAUAAUAAUAGACGCAAAUGCAAUUAUAUGCUCAUUUAGUAAUACAAACCGUAAAAACAAACCUAAAAAAAUCUCAUAACGCCCACCCCUAUGUGGCGACAUUAGCUUUACAAUUGUAUUUCAAAACAAAAAAAAAAUGUUAAAUUUAUAGCAAUGCGUGUAUGUAGAGCAAGCAAAUUAUUUAAUGGGUGUAGAAAAUUGGAAUUUGUAAACGAAAAGCAAAAUUGUAAGGUGCUGGCGUCAAUGCAGUGCAUAUCACAGCAAAUGGUAUAGCCAUACAUACAUACAUACAUAUAGUAGUAUGUAGUAUUUAUAAUGAGAAACGAUUACAGAAUGCUCACAUAUUUAGUAUAGGAUAAAAGUUUAAUUUUUGGCAAACUGCAUGAAAUUGUAUGCAAACGCAUAACUGCAAUGCAAUCUACAUGAAUGCCAUUACACUCUGCCCUCCUCCUGUUAACAAUAACAAUAAGACCGAAUUGUAUUAUAAUUAUGUAUGCAAGAAACAAAGAAAAACAAAUAUUCUGAACGAAAACGUACGCCCAGUUGGAAUAGUAGUAAAUAAAUAUAACAAAAAUAAUUUAGUUGUGAGAUCCUAACGUAAUAUCAUAUUAAAAAUAAUGUUUUUUUUUGCAUAAAUAUAACAAAAAUAGUUUUGUUGUGAGAUCCAAACCUAAAAUCAUAUUAAAAGUAACGUUUUUUCCCCAUAAAUAUAACAAAAAUAAUUUUAUUGUGAGGUCCUAACCUAAAAUCAUAUUAAAAAUAAUGUUUUUUUUGCAUAAAUAUAACAAAAAUAAUUUAAUUGUGAAAUCCCAACCUAAAAUCAUAUUAAAAAUAAUGUUUUUUCUUCAUAAAUAUAACAAAAAUAAUUUAAUUGAGAAAUCCUAACUUAAAAUUAAAAAUAUUUUUCUUUUAUACCGUUUUCAAAUUUUAGCUCGCCAUUUAAUUUAUGUGCAUCGGCACUUUGUAUAAUGAGGCUAGUAAAAUCCACCUCGCGUUAUAACAUUAUUCAUUUACGCUUUUGUCACAAUUAAUUUGCUCUAAAUAAUUUCAAAUAUUAUAUUAUAUAAUAGUUUUUUUUCCAUUUCCAUUUAAGUAGUCCGCCAUUUCCGACUGGGUAUUGCGUUCAAAUAUUAUAUAUGGUAUAUUAACUUUUUUUUUAGUAUCAUAAGCAGUGGUUCAACGACAUUAAGCUUUGUAGUUUUCUUCUUCUUACUUGUUCUUCCGUUUUUUGUGCUCAGCUCGCGUGACUAAAAAAUCUUUGGCAGCGUAAAAGCAUUUCAGUAAAUUUGUAUUCACUGCAUGAAAGCAGCUCAUUACAGUCAAUAUACAUACGACUACAUAAGUAUAUACACAUAUAGUAUAUAUAUAAAUAUACAAAAUUAAAUAUACAUAUAUAUGCAACAUUUUUUAAAUAAAGAAAAAAUGUAAAUAAGAUUUUUAAACUUA